AUGCCGCUCUGUCUCACCUUCAUCGUCUUGAAGAAGGCCUUCGACUCAGUUGAGACGGAAGCGGUCGUGGAAGCCUUGGACAACCGAGGCGUCCCUACUCAGUACAUAAAGCAACAGCCAAGAUUGUUAACAAAAUUUAUUACGGCUAAUGUUUGGGCGUUGUCGCCUUCGUCAGAGCCUGGAAAUAACUUCACGACCGGAAUUUCGCCAUUCUACAAGAACAUCAUCAUUUACGUGAAGAGGGGGGUCCGACAGGGUGAUACAAAUUCACCCAAAAUAUUCACAGCCACCCUAGAGAACGCAAUGCGAAAGUUGGAAUGGGACGACAUGAGAGUGAAGGUUGAUGGUCGGCAGCUACACCAUUUGUGCUUUGCUGAUGACAUCGUACUGAUAACACCUAGCAUCAGCCAAGCGGAACGAAUGCUGAUCGAAUUCGACGAAACAUGUGGAUGCAUCGGUCUUCAGUGGAAUCUGCAAAAGACGAUGUUCAUGCGGAACGGAUGGAUCUCGGAUACCCCAUUCACGCCCAACGGAACGAACAUAUCCGAAUGCACCAGCUAUGUUUAUCUGGGUCGGGAAUUGAACAUGAUGAACAACCUGACCCCCGAGCUGGGCAGGAGGAGACGAGCGGCUUGGGGAGCGUACAAGAGCAUCGAGGAUGUAGUGAAGAAGACCAAGAACACCCGGCUCGGUGCUCACCUCUUCAACACCAAUGUACUUCCUGCCUUGACUUAUGCUUCGGAAACCUGGGCGUUUCGCAAGCAGGAAGAAAACGCGGUGAGUGUCAUUGAACGAGCAAUUGAGAGAGUGAUGCUAGGAGUAUCCCGUUUCGUGCAAGUGAGGGACGGGAUUCGAAGUUCUCUCCUACGUCAGCGAUCGAAGAUUAGAGACGCCGCCGCGUUUGCCAAGGAAAGUAAAAUAAAGUGGGCCGGACACGUGAUGCGCUUUAAUGACAACCGUUGGACCAGAGCCGUGAGCGACUGGGUUCCCCGCGAUAUUAAGCGCACCACAGGAGGACCGCCGACCCGAUGGUCAGAUUUCUUCACGAAGUCCUUCAAAGAAAAAUAUGAUGCUCUUCGUGUUCCAUGCGGAAGGAGGAACCACUGGGCUACUCUGGCACGCGAUCGGGACAAAUGGAAGAAUUACUGGCGCCCGCUCGACCAGUUCGAAGAUCAACGGGAGUCAAGAGUUUUGCAUGCACCGUUUGCUGCAUUGCAGGAAACACGCAUCAGGGAUCGCCCUUUCAUCAGUAUCGGCAAUUACACCAUCUACUGUGGCGAUGCUGAUGAAAGGAAAGUAGGAGGCUGCGCAGUAGCUGUUAGGAACGAUUAUAACAACCUGGUGGAGGAGUUUGGAUCAACGUCGUCAAGAUGCGCUUUUUCGAUUGCGGGAUCGCGGAGGACUCAAACUCUGGAUCCUAAGUGCUCACGCACCUACGGAGACCGCGGAGGGCCACAACAAGGACGCAUUUUAUGA